UACUCUUGAAACGAUUAUUUUUUUUAAAUUUUAGAAACCUUUUGCGAAUAUUUCAGGAAUAUUUAGCUGGAGAGAUACAGGAUUCAUAAGGACAGCAAAAUAACAGGAAUGAUGAUGGCCCUAGAGACGUUGACAUGGCUAAAUUUAAGCUUUGUGGAGAACAUCCUGCGAAAGUCAGAAGAAGAUGAUUCGAUUCAGAUGAUCGAUAUGUCUAUAAAACCAGCCACGAAGAAAGGUGACAACUAUUUUAGCGAUAUGAUCAGAAUUAUGAUUGAAUUUUCACGUAAUCAAGGCGGUCAUAAGAUUAAAGAGAAAAAAUCGAUUAUUAUCAAACUCUCACCUAUAAUUGAAAGUAUUCGACAAAAAUUCAUCAAAGAAUCAGGUUCUUUUCACACCGAAAUAUCAAUGAUGUCAGAUACCUUAAAUAAAAUGAAUAAGUUGUUAGAGCCUAAGUACCGUUUAAGCGGAAAAAGCCUAUACGUGCAAAACGAACAUCCAACGUUUCUUGUGAUAGAAGAUCUCAUGUUUCUUGGUUUUCGAAUGGCCGAUCGUUUGUCUGGUCUUGACCUAACUCAUUCCGUAUUGGCGUUACAAGGACUUGCCAGAUUUCAUGCAGCCUCUGUCGCCGUAUGUGAGAAGGAACCAAAACAAAAAGAGUAUUCGAAAGGAAUGUUUUACCAUCAACAUCCACCAGAACUGCAAGCUUUUUUCGUUAUGGGUACUAAAGCUUUAGCAGAUGAGAUUGCAAACUGGCCAGAAGUGAAAAAAUAUUCGGAAAAAAUUGCUAAACUCUCCGAUCACAUAUAUCAAAUAGCAGAAGAUGCAGUCAAGACUUCUAAGGAUGAUUUCAAAGUUAUUAAUCAUGGUGACUGUCAUCUAAACAAUAUGUUGUUUAAAUAUGAUAAUGAUGGCAAACCUAUUGAUCAGAUUUUUGUAGACUUCCAAAUGUGCAUCUAUACGACGCCGGCAGUCGAUCUUAAUUAUUUUCUCAAUACAAGUCCUUCCAUGGAUGUCGUGGAAAAUGAGAGAAAUACUUUAUUAAACGAAUACCUUGGCAUCUUGUCGGCGACUAUGAAACAAUUGAACUGCAAGACACAGCCGCCCACCAUGGAAGAAUUGAAAGCUAUUCUAAAGCGAAGUGCUAGCUAUGGAAUGAUAAUAUCCUUCACGAUUUUACCGCUCAUGCUGUGUAGUAAGAGUGAAUCGAAAGAUUUGGAUGAGAUUAUAAGUACGGGUACUUUUAUAAAUCCAGGUUUACAGAGUGAAAGUUAUAAAAAAUUAAUGAUAAAGAAAAUUCCAUUAUACGACGAGUGGGGAAGACGAAUAAUUUCAGACUUUAGACUAACAAGAAACGCAAUACAAUAUAUCUUAUAUACCAGAAUCGAGGAACCGGAAAAAGGGAAAAAACAAAUGGCCUUAGAAACAUCGACAUGGCUAAAUCUGUGCUUCGUAGAGAAGAUUCUACGAAAGUCGGAAAAUGACAAUUCGAUUCAGGUGAUCGAUAUAUUUUCAAAACCGGCUACGGUCAAGGGUGACAACUAUACUAGCGAUAUGAUUAGGAUUACUGUCGAAUAUUCACGCGGCUCUAAAAUUAAAGAGAAAAAAUCAAUUAUUGUGAAACUGUCGCCUGUCCUUGAAGGUGUUCGACAGAAAUUAGUCACACAAGGAGGUUUCUUUCACACCGAGAUGUUGAUGAUGUCAGAUACUUUGGAUAAAAUGAACAAGAUGUUAGGGACAAAGAAUCGCUUGAGCGCAAAGAUUUUCCACAUGCAAAAUGAAAAUCCAGUACUUCUGGUGAUCGAAGAUCUCGCGUCUCUCGGUUUUCAAAUGGCUGAUCGUUUGUCUGGUCUUGAUCUAGAUCAUUCCAUAUUGGCGCUUCACAGACUUGCCAAGUUUCACGCAGCCUCCGUAGCCCUAUGCGAGAAGGAACCAAAGCAAAAAGAGAUAUAUACGAAAGGAAUAUUUUCUAAUCAGCAUCCGCCAGAUAUGAAAGAAAUUUUCAUUAAGAGUAUUAAAGCUCUUGCAGACGAGAGUGUGAAUUGGCCAGAAAUGAAAAAAUAUUCGGAAAAAAUUGCUAAACUCGCUGAUCAUAUAUUUCAAAUAGGAUUGAAUGCAACCCAGCUCUGUGAAGACGAAUUUAAUGUUAUUAAUCAUGGUGAUUGUCACGUGAAUAAUAUGUUAUUCAAAUAUGACAAUAAUGGCAAACCUAUUGAUCAGAUAUUUGUAGAUUUCCAAAUAAGUGUCUACGCAUCGCCGGCACUCGAUCUUCUCUAUUUUCUCAAUUCAAGUAUUUCCUUCGAUAUCAUUGAACACAAAAGAGAUGUUCUAUUAAAUGAAUACCUUGAUACCUUGACAACGACUAUGAAGUUGUUGAACUGCAAGACGCAGCCGCCCACCAUGAAAGAACUAAAGGCUUCCCUAAAACAAAGAGCUAGUUUUGGAAUGAUAACAUCCUUCAUUAUUUUACCGUUCAUGCUGUGCAGUAAAGCUGAAGCGAAAGAUUUGGAUGAAAUAUUGGGCACUGGUACUUAUAUAAAUGCAGGUUUAAAAAGUGAGAGUUAUAAAAAUAUAUUGAUAAAAAGAGUGCCACUAUACGAUGAGUGGGGUUUGCUAGAUUUCUAAUGAAUACUUCAUAUUUAGAGAUAAAACAUUAAUAUA